UUGUAGUAAACUUCGAAUUGAAUAAGUUGUUGUGUUUUUUUGUUAUUUAUUUGGCCGACUACUAUAGUCUUAAGCUUAAGAAACAAACAAAUAAGAUCCGUUGUCGUGUGUUUUGUCGUUUGAUCCGUCGGUCGACAGUCAGACAAUCAGCCAGUUUGUUAUUUCGUAUAUUUGCUGGUGUAUAUAUAUAUAUAUAUAUAUGUUUGUGGUGGUGCGUUAUUGAUACGGAUUCAGUUGUUGCUGUUAAUUGGGUAAUAAAAACUUAAUCAAGCUGUUGUUCGCCGUUUUGCAUUUCGCAUGUUUUAUAAGCAGCAGCGGUUCUCGUCGGCCAAGUCAAGUGCCAAACGGUUAUUAAUGAGAAAACAAAUCGUUGAAAGUGUUAAAAAGUUGUAUACGUUACAUAUCAUGAUGGGAAAAUAAACACGCAUCGGAACAUUUUUUUUUUUUUUUUUUUCUUGCUUAUAUUGCCGCCAAUUUAAUUAAAGAGAUCAAUAAUAAAAAGAAAAACAAAAAAAAAAAGAUUUUUUCUCUUCCUUGAGAUGCGUGGUCAUAAGUAGAAGUGGAAGUGAUGCAUAAUUUUUUUUUUUUUUUUAAUAUUAAAAAAAUAAAGAAGAAGCAAAACUGUUCUUUUCUUAAAAUUAAAAUUAUUCAAAUGAUCUUGAACCCUGAAUCAAAAAACAAGCCAAGCAAAGGGACAUAUAGACAGACAGAUGCAUACAGAAAAACUGUGAUCUUUUUGUUUUUUUGUUUUUUUUUUUUCAAGUGAAGAGAAACACACACAACCCUAGCAACCUUAGAUAAACGAAACAGAACGAGAAAUUUUCGAUUAAGCGGUAAUCGCGGGGAGAAACGCGUACCCGCUUACUGCUUACUUACUUAUUACUUUGGAGCCAUAAAUCUGGCUCUGGUUUGUCAAAAACACGAGACAAAGUGUCGACAGUCUAUGCCGGUCAACAGCAUUAAACAGACAGCAUAAAAAACAGCGGCAGUAGCAAGAGCAGCAGCAGCGACAGCAAAACAGUUUUUCUUCUUUAAGUAUGUAUCGCUUUGAGAGACUUUUGUUGUCAUAAACGUUGUUGUUGUUGUUGUUAUUGUUGUUAUUGUUAUGAUUGUUUUUGCUGUUGGUUUAAAUUGUCUGCCUCUUUUGGUGGAAACAAGGUGUUUGCGUGCUGACGGUUUUAGUGGCAUUUGCGACACUUGUUGCCGUUGUUGUUGCAGUUGUUGUUAUUAUUGUUGAUUGCAGUUUAAGUAAAACAACAUCAAGUUCGCCGUAACUGCUUUUUAUACAUGUUUCACCGGCCGGUAAAGAAGUGAACUUAAUGUCUAGCAAUUAUUUGUCUAGGCCAAAGGGAGAGAGAGAGCAAGAGAGAGAGAGCAAGAGAGAGAGAGAUAGAUAGAGUGGAAAAUAUGAUCAACACUAAUGCAGUAUCAUGUUUAAGCAUGAUUUAUUUUUUAAUGUUGUUAAUGCCUUGUCUACGGAUAGAAGAAGUUCAGGCUAGAAAGCAUGAAUAUCAGAUGCAACAUUUGAAUCAGCGUAGCUUCAGUCAUCACACUUAUGAACUAUUACCGGCCCAACAACAGUUAGAUAAGAAUAUUGAUGUGCAGCAAGGUGAGAGAGUUUUUCGUAAUGAACGAGGCAACGGCAGUGGCCAACAGAAGGUCAGGCGAGGUCAUCGUAAAAAGUCGCAACAUCAUCCGAUCAAUGAAGAUGAGAACAUUUCCUUGUGGAUCAACGAUCAACAAUUGAAAAUGCUAACGGCUCUCUUCUUUCCCCGAGCCAAUGCUAUUGGACGUAUGUAUGCCAUUAAAAAUGGUUCGGUGCUUUACGAUAUCUUAGACGGCAGUGCAUAUAAAUAUUUGGAAUAUUUGGUAUUACCGCCCGAAGUGAAUUAUGUGAAUUUUACUUGGAAGUCGGGACAUCGUAAAUACUUUUAUCAUUUCGAUCGCUUAGAAACCUUAAACGAUAAUGUAUUGAAAACACCUACGCUAUCGAUUAAAGCGAAAGGUCGGAUACCCAAAGAAGAAAAAGAUUUCAGUGUAUUUUUACCAUGUAAUGGGAAUAAUUCAGGGACGGCAGUCGUGAAAAUCAGUUUAUCUAUACACAAUCGCAAAGGUGUAUCGUUGCCGGGUACACCGUUGAGACUCAACUUUAAAAAAGGUUGUGCGCAUAGAGGUGUGUAUGAUAGGCUUCCGCACGCUUUCAAUUCCACACUAAACUUCUCUCUACAAGGACCGGAUCCGGAAUGUCAUUUAAAGUGCGGAGAGCAUGGUACUUGCAAUCAUAACAACAUUUGUCAAUGUCAUCCCGGUUAUAUUGGUCAGUAUUGCGAGACUCCCGUUUGCUUUCCUCAAUGCAUGAACGGCGGCAAUUGUACGGCACCUUCAGUAUGCACCUGCCCCGACGGUUAUCAAGGUAUCAAAUGCGAAGGUGGCAUGUGUGCGGAAAAGUGCUUGAAUGGUGGCAAAUGCAUUAAAAAAGAUAAAUGCGAAUGCCCUCGUGGCUAUUAUGGUCUGCGUUGCGAAUUUUCUAAAUGUGAAAUUUCGUGUAUGCAUGGUGGCCGUUGCAUUGGUACGAACUUGUGCAAAUGCGCACCCGGCCUAAGCGGGGAUCAUUGUGAAAUUGGUCAAAAGCAAAGACCUACUUGUAAGGAUAAUUGUAAAUUUGGCCAUUGCCUGUCAAACAAUAAAUGUAAAUGCUUGGAAGGCUAUUACGGUAGAUUUUGUAAUCGACGUCCCAAAAGAAUGUACUGACUGGAAUCAUUAACUGAAAAUAGAAUGGAAUUAUUAAUUUAUAUUAAUGCCUUGGAUGGGAGAUCCUUAAUAUUUGUAUUGUAUUUUCAU